AUGGAAUUUUCGCAAACCGCUACAAUUAAUCAGCUACCAGAAAAUGUAAAAGAUAUUCCAGAAAAAACGUGCUACUAUCUAACUCCGCCGUUUCAAGGCAUCUACUCGAAUCUGAAUGCUCCGUCGCUGCUCCAAACCGGAUAUGAAGCAUUCCAAAAUCCCCAAUCAAACGGACACGGAUUCCAAGAAGCAGUGGUCAAUCCGACGCCAAACGAGAACUCAUUUGAUAAAUUUUCGGUGCUCGACAACCUCGAAGAUCCGAGAAUCCAGUGUAAACGGUGCAAUAGGACCUAUAAGAAUCUGACGACGCUCAACGCGCAUCUCCGCAACCGACAUGAACGGUCCGAAGCGAUUUGUCAGGAGGCCAACUGCAAUUUCGUGACAUUGACGGUGUACGAUCGUAAGCGGCAUCAAAAAAUGCACGCGAAGCAGCGGGCGAAAUUUUUCGAAGAAAUGUGCAACAAAAGAGGCCAGCCGGAGCAAAUGCAGCCAAUACCGCACACGACGCACGAAUACAUGCGUUCGGAGAUAUUCAAAGUGCAAAAAGAUGUUCCGGGAAUGAUAAAAGGAUUGGAUGAUCGCGAUCGUGUGACAUACACAUGCGUCGAUUGCCAGAAAAUCUUCAUCAAUUCUCAUCAGGCGUUGAUGCACCGGGAAAAGCAUGAGAAUUCACCGAUCGCGUGCUAUUAUUGCGGCGACAUACGACACGGCGCGUUGGAUCUUCGCAAUCAUUAUAUUCGAAAGCACAAAAAUGAUGGCAUCAACACAUAUAUCUGUCAGGGAUGCCAAAAGUGA